AUGAAGACGAGGCUGACAUGCAUACUCUCCCUCACUCACGUCCUUAUAGCCUGUGCAGAGGUGGUCUUCAUUCGUAGGGCAGAGGGCCAGUCAGUGGCGCUCUCCUGUUCAACUGGGCAGGCCGGCGGCAUCCCAACGGGCUUUCACCUCUACCACAAUGGCUUCCACAGCCAGGUGACCCUGCUGUCCAUGGCAGAGGGCAGCAAACUCAGAGUCAACUCGGAACACCGGGGUCGUGCGGAGGUCUCUGGGAGACUGGACUCCCCCCGGGUCAACGUGACUCUAUCUGGCUUACGUAAUGCAGACACUGGGCUCUACACCUGGGAGCUCACCUACAAAGUGGAGAACAGUUCUGACCAAAUGGGCCCCUGCAGCCCGCAGGUGCUCUUGCUCGUCGACGGGACAGGGAGGCUAGACCAGUGCUCCUCCAAGUACCCCUCUCUGCUCUACGCCAUCUUUACAGCGGUGGGACUUCUGCUAGCCCUCAUCUGGCUGGCUACAAUACAAUAUGCGAGGUUGAGACUGCGCCACAAACCACAACCCGCUGUCCCCAUCUACGAGGAAAUGAGCAGGAAGCAGCAGCUCACCGGAAGUUCCCAGAAUAACCACGGCGACCCUUCGCACCGGGAGGAAGCGGACUUCCCCCUGUACGCGAACCCCAAUGUCCGGCAAGCACAGGACAACCACUACGCCUGCCCGCGGCAGGUCGUCCAGAGUCCGACGGGACUCGACCAGACUCACUGA